AUGGCUGGCGGCGGCUUCUCUGAAUCUUCCAGAAACAUCCACCUCGUCGAUGGGCACAGGUUGCGUGCCGAGUGCCGCAAUGAACGUGGUGACUAUCAGGCCUCAGAGCUCAACCUCAAUACUUGCAUUGGUAACCUCAAUGGAUACCUGGCAUGGGACACACCAAACUUUUCCCAAACUUCCCAAAACAUCCGUCUGGUUGAGAAUGGCACAAAGAUCGAGGCCACGCUGCUACAGGAAUGGAUGCCUUCACUUCAUUCCUCACAACGAGAUUAG